AUGAUUUCAUGCCAUGAAUAUUGCUUUCAACAUCCAAGUUGCGCAAUUGUCGGUAUUUACAAAGGAAAACAUAAUUAAUAAUGUUAAAGAAAGCUAUGUAUUGAAUGCAUAGUAACACAAAAAAUACCACCAGAUGAAUUUUUAUCAAAAGAACAAUUUUCUAAAUAAUUAGUUGAUAAAUUCAAUAAAUUAAACUUAGAUAAUUAGUUGAAGUCAAGAAAAUCAAAAUCAAUUUUGAAAAAUGUCCUUCAUCAACUUGAUAUACUUUUAGAAGAAAUAAAUUUGAUAUUUUAAAGCUUGAAAGAUUCAAUAAAUGGAAUUUCAUAAUACUCUGAAGCAAGAGAUGAAAAGUUUCUUAGCAUAAAUUAAAAUUUGAAUCCUUUUGAAUGCUCUUAAGCUGAGCUAGAUUUUCUUGUGUACUUUUUAGAAGGAGAUAUUUUUGAACAAUGGAUUAAAAAAGAAAUAUAAUUGACUCCUUAAAUUUAGAAAGCUGUAAAAUUAUUGGAAAGGAUAGUAUAAAAUGGCUAUAAAACAAGCCAUUUAUUUGAAAAUAUUCACUACAAUUUUUUGGACUUCUUGCAGAAUUAAAACAGUAAAGGAUUGAUUGAAGAAUCUUUUGAGUUAUAAGGAUUAUAAAACAUAAAUAACUAAUUGGAAGAAACAACUUUUCAAUUUACAAAACAAAAAAAUGGAGAUAAAGUUUAUAAAAAAAAUGGAGAAAUUCUUAGAAUGUAUAUUUUCAAGUUAAAAUUUCUUAGUUAACGGAGUUAAUCAGGGUGCAAAGAUCAAAAAAUAUUAAAUAAUUUAGAAUAAAUAAAAUAUCUAGAAUUUAUUGGGGAACAUGGAGUUAAUGGAUACAAAUUAUGGGAUUACUUUUGGAAAGGCAUAUAUAUUGGAGGAGGAAUUUAUAGUAUAAUGGGAUUGAAAGAAGGCAUGUGGAUUGAUCUAUGCAACAAUUAUUGGGAGUAUUUUUAAAUAAAUACUUAGCGGAAAAAAAGUUAUUGAAGAAGGAUUUUAUAAAAAGGAUAAAAGAAUUGGAUAUUGGAAAAUAGAAUAGGAAAAUAAAAUAGUGUACAAAUAAUUUAAGAUAAAUUUUUAGUGGAGGUGGAUAUUAUGAUGAAGAAAAAUCAUAAAAAAUAGGAAGUUGGAUUGAAUUGAACGAUGGGUUUUAUGGUGGAUCAUAAGUAAUUUAUAAAGGAGAAUAUAAUAAUGGUAAAAAAGUAGGUAAAUGGGAUAUAAUUUUUGAAUAAAAAUAGAUGUAUUAUAAACUAGAAAAUUUUUAUUAGAGGUGGGGGAUAUUAUAAAGAAGUAGAAGAAUGUACGCUUAAGAUUGGGAAGUGGAUAGAGGUGAGUAAUGGAUUUUGGUCUCUAUCUAAAGUCACUUAUCAUGGUGAAUAUAAUAAAAAUGGUAUAAAAAUUGGUGAAUGGGAUAUUAUGUAUGAAUAAAAGUCAAUGUAUUUAUAUAUUAGAAAAACAUUUUUAGUGGUGGAGGAUAAUAUAAGGAAGUUCAAGGUUAUUCAUUUAAGAUUGGAAGGUGGAUUGAAUUAAAUAAUGAAUUUUAAUUUUAUUCACAAGUCACUCAUAAUGGAACAUAUAAUAAUAAUGGCAAGAAAAUUGGUAAAUGGAGUAUAUCUUUUAAUUCUGAUACAUAGAAUUAAUAGAUGUAACUAGAAUUUUUUUUUUAAAUAGUGGAGGUGGUGCUUAUGAUGAUGAAGGCGGACAAAUUAAGAUUGGAUCAUGGAUAGAGUUGAGUGAUCGAUUUAGAGAUUAAUCACAUAUCACAUAUAAUGGUGAAUAUAAUAAGAAAGGUUAAAAAAUUGGUAAAUGGGACAUUAUGUAUAAAGAAGUGGGAAAAGGAAAAGCAUAGUCAAUGUAAGAUAGAAUAAAAAAUUUUAGUGGUGGUGGAUCUUAUGAUAGCGAAGAAGGCUAAAUUAAGGUUGGUAAAUGGACAGAGUUGGACGAUCGAUUUUUUUAUAGAUCAUAAAUUACUUAUAACGGAGAAUAUAAUAAAAAUGGUAUAAAAAUUGGUAAAUGGGAAAUUAAAUAUAAGGAAGUGGGAAAAGAAAAACCUGAGUAAAUGUAAAUUAGAAUAAAAAUUUUAGUGGUGGUGGAUCUUAUGAUCAAGUUUAAGGGUGUACAAUUAAGAUUGGAAAAUGGGUUGAGUUAAAUGAUGGGUUUGAAUUUUAUUCACAAGUCACUCAUAAUGGAACAUAUAAUAAAAAUGGCAAAAAAAUCAGCAAAUGGAUAAUUUAUUUUAAUUCUGAAGGAAAGAACCAAUAAAUGUAAGAAAAAUAUUCUAAGACUUAGUGGUGGUGGAUUAUAUGAUGAUAGAGGAAGUUAAAUUAAGAUUGGGAAGUGGAUUGAAUUAAGCGAUCUAUUUAGAUAUUAAUGGCAAGUCACUUACAAUGGAGAAUAUAAUCAAAAAGGCAAAAAAGUAGGCAAAUGGCAGGAAGUUAAUAUUAUGUGGGGUAGAAAUGAAAUUAUUAAUGAAGUGAAUUAUGAUAGUUGA